UGUCAUUGUAAUUAAAAGGCAUUUGAUUAGCCUUUUUCUUGAUGUUGGAUGUUUAAGCAAAUGUUAUCAUUGCAGUUCAGAUGAAAUAGAGUUUAUAGAUUUCUUUAUUUCUGUCAGUGUCCCAUGGUUGCCAGGAUGUGUCCCGUGGUGCCCCGGCUUCGGGGUACAAUGGGACAUUUUAGUGCUAGUCUUCUAUGAUGCUUCUAUGAUGCAGAUCUCAGAAACGAUAGCACAAAACAUGACCAUUGACUACCCCUCAUGUACAUGAAGGAUUGUACUUUAAAAUACAUGUAGUAUGACAAUUACAGAAAGUUAAUUCAAGAUACUUUAGAAAAUUGAAAAAAUAUAAUUUUUGUCCCAAGGUGCCCCAGUCUCCCCUACUGAUCAUAACUGGGAGGUCGGGGACAAUCUGUGAAAAUAACUUAUGUUACAUGAUGAAACGUAAAAUGUAAGACUUCUACAUACAAUGUUAAAAAUAAAAACGACAUGAUGGAUUAGUGCAUGAAUGUAUUUAGACUGACCUGAAAACUGUUCGUUUCUGUUAUUUAUGUUUGUACGGAAAAGUUACUUAAGAAAGCUUAUUACAUACCAUUCUUACAUGUUUAUCAUCUUUUAACUCAAAUAUAUGCUUACAAAUUGUAAUGUAUAAAACAUUGCUAAUACUGUGUUGGACUGUAGAGUAUGAUUUUGAUUUAUUUUGUAUUUAAAUGGACCUUAGUCUUUUGGUCAACUCUUCUUUGUAAAGAUAAAAACUAGUUUUCAAGUGCAAAAGAUGAUCAGUGUUUAUGAAAGUUUAGUAUUUAAUAAGUUUGAAUAGUUAUUAGUGGUGGACUUUGUUAAAAGUAACUGUUUUAAUAGGAUGUUUGCAGCCUAUAAUAUUUUAGAUUUCAGUUAAACAGAGAAAAACUGAAAUAUUAAGUAGUAUUUAUGGUUUCCACAGUACAGUUAAGCUUUCUUCAUUUGGCUUUUUUGACAACCUCCGUGCUAGUCUUAGUUCAAGGAGAUAUACAUGAACAUGAAACAGAAGCAGGUACCCACUGUGGAAAUUUUACAGGUGCUAAACAUGAUGACAGCACUGCGGAAACUGAGCAUUUCCAUUGUACAGAAUGUCUGUACCCACAGAACUGUCUUGCUGACAACCAAUGUAGAACUGGUACCACUGGUAGCACAUGUGAAAAAUGUUCAGCCGAUUACCAUCAUGUUGGCAGUUUGUGUGUAAAGUGUUAUCCAGUUCCAUGGCCAGCUGUAAGUUUUGGAAUAUACCUAUUGAUACUGGUUGGAACAACACUGUGUCAUGGAUUUACAGAUUCUGUUUGUACAAAGGUGAAAUUGCUGUGUCAUUUCCUACAAAAUAUGUUACUGACGUUACAUAUCAAGAUUGCCUGGCCAGAGAACCUGCCUCGCAUCUUCAGCAUCAUCAACUUUGGAUUAUUCAACUCUAAUAUUCUAAAUCCAGAGUGCCUGUUUGUUACAUGUCCUUCAAUGAGCAUAUACUAUAUAGAGUGGUUGACAUCACUGUGCAUCCCAAUAUUUAUCAUUAUACUGGGAAAGUUCCUGUACACAAGCAUGAAACAGAAUUCAAACCAAAAUGAUUCUAAGCGGUUGGAAAAUAAUGCAGGAGGAUGGGAGAGACAAACCACUAUACGAAGACUGGUUGUCAUGGUGAUACUGACUUUGUAUAUGCCUGCAACUCUGUCCUGUGUCAGGACAUUCCUGUGCUCUGAUACCAUACCAAAACUGCUUGUUUUGGACCAUACAACCAAUGUUUUUCUUCUAGAUAAUGAUGAAUCAUGUGAUGUAUUCAUCUUUCAGACAAUACAUUUCUUUGCAAGUGUGUACCUGGUGUUUAUGGGACUUUUGUUACCUCCAAUGCUGAUUUUCUUUACCUUGAGGCAGAAAAAAUGGGACCUUCUAUAUUCCAAGUGGAGGCUAUAUAGUCCAUUGUAUGAGGCUUACAAGGACAGAUACUGUUACUGGGAGGCUAUACCCCUGCUAAGGAAGCUUGUUUCAAUCAUUGUUACAGAAGCGUAUCCAUUCAGUGGUUUUAUACAGACAGUUAUACAGCUUGGAAUGUCUGCAUGCUACUUGUUGGCUAUUAUAGUGCUAAGACCUUACAGGUCAUGCUACUGGGUUCAUCCUAAUUUGAAUGUUCACAUAUUUUUUGAGGUUGUUUCCAACAUAGUGGUUUGCUGUGUUCAAGGUGUGGGUUUGACUGUAGUUCUAGGGUACUAUCAGGAGUCCUCAGACCUAGUGGCAGCAGGGGCUGUCUGUAUUGUUGUUGUGAUUUGGAUAGUACUCAUGCUGGCUUUGAUCUGCGAGACUAAACCACACCUUGAUCUUGCACAGGUUGAUGUCCCAGAGUCCAGCACCCAGCCUGCAGUACAAACACAAAGGAAGAGGCAGUUCAAGUUUUGGAAGAAAGCUCGAGUUGAACAAGAUCCAAAACUUGUUGAAAGAGUCAACAAAAAUAUUACUCAAAUUGACUUUUGAUCAAGCUAGAAAAAGUAAAAUGGCUUCUACAAGCAGUUUUGAAUUGUUUACUAGAAUUUCUCUAGAAUAAAUGUUUUAAACGUAGAUUUUUUUGUUAUAGUAGUUAAUGUUUGUUUCACUAAAACUGGUUAUUGUUGGUUUUCUGUUUAAUACAAUUAACAUGCUAGAUCAUACCAGUGAUAUUAUGCAUUAUUAGCUCAUCUGAUUUUUUGAAGAAAAAAAAAGACCAGUUAUUUUGGACUUAGAAAAUAUCAGAUUUAUGUUUAGGUCAGCUUUUCUCCUAAACUAUCAAAGCUGUUGCUUUGAAACUUGCAACACUUGUUCACCAUCAUAAGCUGACCCUGUACGUCAAAACACGUGACUCAUCCUGAUUUUUACAAGAAUUAUUGCCCCUUUUGGACUUAGAAAAUCAGAUUUCUUGGUUAAGGUUUAUGUUUAGGUAAACUAUCAAAGCUAUUGCUUUAAAACUUGCAACACUUGUUCACCAUCAUAAGCUGACCAUGUACAGCAAGAAACAUAACUCUGUCCUGCUUUUUGCAAGAAUUAUGGCCCCUUUUGGACUUAGAAAAUAUCAGAUUUAUUGGUUAAGUUUUAUGUUUAGGUAAACUUUUCUCCUUAACUAUCAAAGCUAUUGCUUUGAAACUUGCAACAGUUGUUCACCAUCAUAAGCUGACUCUGUACAUCAAGAAAUGUAACUUCAUCCUGCUUUUUGCAAGAAUUAUGGCCCUUUUUGGACUUAGAAAAUCAUGGGUAGGUAAAUUUUCUAUUAUACAAAAAAAUCAGAUGUGUGUCAGCACCCGCAAGGCGGUGCUUUUGUUUUUAACCUUUACCCUGCUAAAUUUCUAAAAUGGUCUGGUCCAUCACUCAGUUUGGGCAGCACAACUUAUUAUUCAAAGGGAUGUUCACUUAAAAUUUAUUGACUAAAUAGCGAACAGUGCAGACCAUGAUCUACCUGCAUAGAUGUGCAGGCUGAUAUUGAUCGCAAAGGCAGAAACACUUGCCACCAGCAGGUUAAAGGUGAGAAUGAUUGGACAUUCUUAAUUUUAGAUGUCCUAGGUUUUGAAUUUAUACUAGAGAUAGAUUUUGAUAAAGUAUCUGUAAUUGUAAAUUGCAGUGAUAUUUGGCAAAACAUUUAUGAAAAAAAUGCAGUUUUAACUAUG